AUGCUGGACUUGCCCGCGAGUGAAAGCAAUGUAAGCGAGUACUAUAGUGCCACUGAGAAAUUAGCCGAUGAAGAAUAUUCGUCUGAAGAUCUCGCUAUAGUAGAUUCUAGUUUGAUAAAGAUCAACACAAUUGUAAGAGCUCCACAGUCGUCAGAAGUUAUUGUAAUCACUGACCUGGAGACCGAGGAUGCAAACGAAGAGGCCGAUAUUGUUGACGUGCAAUCUGAUUUUGAAAACGAGCUAUUGAAAACGGGGUUCUCUUCUCAAACUCUUGCGAGUGCUCACCCAACAACACCCCCACAGGACAAUCAAUCUCUGGCAAUGGGAAACAUUUCAGAACAAAAGGAGGAUCUUUUACAAGAAGAUAAGAAGUUGAGCAUAGAUAUACCCCCACCAAGUACGAAUAUAGAAGAACAAUUACACACACCAUUGCAUGAUGUACAAAUGGACGAGAAGAUUGAGGAGGAGAAAUUACCUCAUGAAACAUCCAAACAAACAAUAAAAACCUCACCAAACGCAUCAACUUCAAAGUCUAACUCUCUAUCCCCUAAGAGUGCUAAAAAGAAAAGACCUCAUGCUUUAAUGGAUGAUUUUUUCGCUAUAGGAAAUCCUGAAGAAACUAAAAAGAAGAAGAAAAAGUCCAAGAGAAAAUCAGUACACGAAGAAGUAAACGUGAAACCUGAAGAACCAAUGAAUUUGACACCACAACCAUCUGUAGACCUUGAUGGCUCUAAGACGGAGGCUACUAUAAAAAAACCUUCAGUAAGUACGCGAACAAGAUCUUUAAGACUGGAUAACAUCGAGGAAAACAAGGUAAAGGACACUCACAAGAAUAACACUCACAAGAAUAAUAUAGUUCUUGACGAUGAAGAUGAUGACGAUCUAACCCUUGAUCUAGAAAUUUAUAAACCAUCUUCACCGCAACUGACAUCAAGUGCAUACCAAUUCUCGGAUGCAAAUGAAAGUAAACGUGUGUACAAUUUGAGUCUUAUACUGGAACUUGAUCAAACUUCUGAAUCAUACUAUGAAAAUGAAUUACAAGUGCAAGGAACGAUUAAGUUUUCUCAUAUAUUGGAUAUUACUUUGACAAAUAUCAAUAAGGGUAGCAGUAUCGAAUACCACCCAGAGGAUGUUUCAUUAAUUUGGGUGGAAGGACGAACAGAAAUCAAACCAUUUUUUAAACCAAGUACUUUGAGAAUUGAACCAGAAGCAACAUUUCUUUCUCCAGAUGACAAUGUUAAAGUCCCACCAACUAAAAUCAAAAUACUACUUAUUCCUAGAGUUACUGCAUCAAGCUUUUUAACUUCAUACCCUCAAUAUUUUCAUAUGAUGAGUGCAACUAGUCAAUAUCUUGUAGAAGAUGCAAGGAAAACACUAGCUGCUACUAGUGAUAUUGAUAUCAGUGAUGUAGAAAGCGAUAAUGAUAAUGAAAUAUCAAAUGAAAUGGAAGCAACAACUCAAGUUACCGACGAGCAACCCCAAGGUGAAUAUUUUGUUAUUGGGCUAAAAGGUAAAGAUAACAAAAGGAUUGAAGUUCUGGUAUGCCCAACCACACCUAUUAUCAAAGUAUUGGAAUACUUUUUGAAGAAGAAGAAUAUUGAUUCUAAUUCAGUGGAUCUAGGUUCAGUAAAACUUAUCUUUGAUGACGAAGAGCUCGAUAUCGACCUGAAAAUUGAGGAUACUGAAUUGGAAGAAGAUUUUGAAGUUCAAGUGGUUUUAUGA